CGAGAAGUGGUUCUCGGGGGAGAGGGAGAUGUUGGUGCUGACGCCGAGGAGAGGGGAGGGAGAGAGGGUUGGUGGUAGUGAGGAAGGAGGCCCGUCGUUCCAGGGAAGUGAGUGUUCCCCAGUCCCUGGGUUGUCGUACCGGCGAGGGGCUGUGGCGGAGGCUGCCCUGACCCUGUGUUGUGUGCUUGUAGCUGAGGGGUAAUUUGAGUUAAUUUUACUGUCGGAGUGGAUCUGAGGUAGUAAAUUGGGAAAAUGAGGAGAGGGAGGACGAGCGUGUGACCCAGUGGCCACCCCCCUUGAUGGCAACCCCGGUUCGUGGAGCUCCCUGGGCUGCAACGUUAUUCAAGGAAAAAUUGGCAUUAGCACAGUCGGGGACACAAUGUUGAAAUGUAGAUAGUGAGAAUCAGUUUGUGCCCAGGAAGCACCUCCACAAACAACUGUAUAUCAGAAUCUGUCUUAGUGAUGUUGGCUGAAUGCUAAAUGUUGGUCAGGGCACUGAGGAGGUGUCUGUGUUCAAAUGUGUCCAUCUGACAUUGUCCUUCCAACAGUACAAUAUUGCCUCAGUACUGCCCGGAUUGUCAGCCUGCAUUAUGAGCUCCAGCCUCUCAAGUAGAACUUCAACACACCACCUUCUUAACCUCGAGAUAAAGCGACAAACCCGCUGAACUCAGAAGAGAAAUGGGAAUACAUCAAAGGAUUCUCCGAUCAGGUCAAUCUGGAACUGGAAGGCCCACAGAUUGCAACUCGCCUUUUGGGUCACAAAAUCCAAUCACCACAAGAAAGGGAGGCACUAUAUGCACUAACGGUAUUGGAGACCUGUAUGAAUAACUGCGGCAAACGCUUUCAGAAUGAAGCUGGGAAGUAUCGAUUUUUAAAUGAUCUAAUUAAAGUCUUAUCACCAAAGUACUUGGGCACGUGGUCCUCUGAAAAAGUGAAGGCCAAGAUAAUAGAAAUGUUGUACAGUUGGACAUUGUGGCUGCCAAGCGAAAUAAAAAUCAGAGAUGCCUACCAGAUGCUGAAGAAGCAAGGUGUUAUAAAGAAGGAUCCUAAAUUACCAAAUGUGAAACCUUUCCCACCACCUUCUCCGAGAAUGGAGAGCUCACUUUUUGAUGACGAAGAGAAAUCGAAGCUCCUUGCAAGACUUCUCAAAAGUAACAACCCAGAGGAUUUGCAGGCUGCCAACAGACUCAUAAAGAAUGUCAUCAAAGAGGACCAAGAGAAGACUGAGAAAAUCACCAAAAGGAUACAUGCCAUUGAGGAAGUGCAAAACAAUACAAAGCUACUGAAUGAGAUGCUGAGCCUGUACCAGAAAGGCAGUUUACCCAAAGACCAGAUGGAAAUACUAAAGGGCUUGUAUCAACGCUGUGAGAAACUGCGGCCAACACUAUUUCGACUCGCAAGUGACACCAUAGAUAACGAUGAAGCUCUGGUGGAAAUUCUACAAGCCAAUGAUUCACUCACCCUUGUGGUCAACUUGUAUAAGAAGAUAGUGGAGGGACGUGAAGAGGACAAAAUACCCUCAAAAGAAUCAGCUUCCACAGCUGAUACCAUGCUGGCAGAUUUAACUGAUUUGGAAUCCAACUUUAUGAGUUCUGCUACCAUCUCAAAUCUGGACUCCAAGAAGCAACUGCCCUCCUGGCUUGAUGAAGAGCUCAUGUCUUUGGGCUUGAACGAUCCUCCAACGAUUCAGCAAGUGCGGGGAUCCGUGAAUAGGAACACAUCUGAGGAAGUGACUACAUCUGAAACAGUACCAAACCCCAGAACCAAUGGCAGCAGAGGCCUGGCUGGCCUAGACUUGCUGGGGAAGACAGUGAUGGAACAAAGUCUUGGGCCCCGAGUGUCAACUAUUCGAUGGGACCAGCCACAAGUGAAACCCACAUUGAAUGAGCUUCAGAACCAGUCCCUGACCCACCAGCUGGCUGCAUCCAAGGAUUCCAGUUCACCUGCAACUUCAGCUCAAUUCACAACAACAGGUCUUCUCCCUCAAUGGACAAUGCCAUCUUCUGGAACAGCAGAACUCUGCCAGGACUCCCCCUCCCUGCCAAUCUGCACUGUGUCCGGUUCACCUACUCCACAGAUCCCAUCACCUGCCAGACCCCAGGAAGCUGGCUCAGAUGAACUGUCCUUGAAGAAUGUCUUUGUGCUUUUGGAGAACAUUAAAACAAGUAGUGUUCCACCCAUCACAGUUUUUGACAAAGGUGGUUUCCGAGUCCUAUUCCACUUUGCCAAAGCCCUUCCUGUGGAGAGGCCUGACCUUUUGGUUGUUGUCAUCACAUUGCUGAACUCCGCGCCAACGCCCAUAAAGAAUAUUACAUUCCAAGCUGCAGUGCCAAAGGUGAUGAAAUUGAAGCUGCAACCUGCCUCUGGCACAGAGCUCCCUGCAUUCAAUCCUAUCCUCUCGCCUCCUGUCAUCUCUCAAGUUAUGCUCCUUGCUAACCCCCAGAAGGAAAGGGUGCGCUUGCGUUACAAGCUACUCUACACCUUGGCUGAACAGCUCUUCACAGAAGUCGGGGAGGUCACAGAGUUCCCAGCCGUGGAAAUCUGGGGCAAUCUUUGAGGAGCGAAUGUGUCAAUGUGAAGGAUAACCAUGGAAGGUCCUGGGGACGCCACUACUGACUAUGAAGGCUCAUCACUGUUUUCAUAUCAAAAUUGCCACAGAAUUCCCUGGAAUUAUAUUGGAUUCCACUCUGAGAGUGAUUGACAAUUGUUGGAAUGAUUUUAUGUUUGCAAGGAAAUGUUGCAACUUUAGGCAUAUCCAGACACACGGUGGGGCUGGAAGGACCUUAUUUUUUUGCCAUGUUGGUCCUUGAUCACUUUUCGGUAGAAUUGGAGAAUGGAGCAGAUGCAGAAUCGUAGAAAUUAAUACCCAUGCUGUACAGGCAGGAAUUUAAUACCUGUCCCAACAUCAAGUUACAAUUGUUUUUCCCAUCCACAGUUACAUUACACAAUCAGCAUCAGCUAGCAGGGGGCACUUUGACCCGAACAAUUAUGGCAAGUAUCCCACCCUCACAUCAAAGGAAUGCUUUCCUUCCACAGAGAUAGACUUGACAUCCAACGUCAACAACUGGGAAUGUCCUCCUACUCCCAACUCCAGUUGUAUCUUUUUGAUCUAUGUGGUUAAACGGCACACCAUGUGCCAUUUAUUCAUUAUAUGUGGAGGGGACCCUGAUAUUAACCCUUGUUUCAAGUGAAUAUCUGCUGAGUACACAACCUGAUGUGAUAAGUUUUCACCCUACACCAUCAAUACUUAGGUCUGAAUUUCAACCCUGGAGCUUAGCUACGGUUUCCACGCCACCAGUGAGUUGCUGUUCCAUUUGAUUCUGUCCUGGGUUAUUCAACAGGCACUGAAUGGAAAAUGGAAGCUGUAGAAAUUUGCGCGGAUGUUAUUAUUUGAGGUGCUGGAGAAUUCCUGUUCCAUUAGUAGAUGUCACUAGUUUAUAAAACACUUAGAAUUCUCUUUUCAAAGCAAAUAAACUAAACUAAUAAAUUAGACUUUUAGACCCUGUUAUAAGAAAUAAAAUUGUCAAAUGAAACUUGCAAUAUAUAAAUUAAAAUUCAAUUAUGGGUGAAAGUAAACCACUAUCAUGCCCACUAAUUGCAGAAAGCUUCAAGCUCACCAGAGGACUUUGCGUGUUCCCUUUCCACGGACAAAUGGACGUGGACGUAAUCUCAGAAGUCACUCAGGCCUAAAAGUCCUCUCCACAGCCCACUGUCUGGAUCUAUCAAUGAUAGUUUGGCCAGCCCCAAGAGCAGACGCAUGAAGGGUCCCGCGAUCUGCACAACCCCUCUGUCCAUGGUGACCAAAGAUUAGGAGCAUGAGGCUAAAGUGUACCAAAAAUUCAAAAGCAGCCCUCAAGAUUUGAAAGAGGAACUGUAACCUGUGUACACAUGGAACAUCAAGGCAGUAGAAAAUACUGGCAACUUAGGUUUCUAUGAGUUAGCUUGAUAUCCUGUUAUGGGACUGCUCAUGCACCACCGUCCACACCCAUUUACUGCAAUCACUUGCACCCCAUGACAUGUAGACUUGACCUCAGCAGAAAUACAGCCACUGCCCAGGAGGUGAAGAGGAUGUAUUCUCUUAAUUUCCUGUUCUGAGGUCUUUGGCCCUUGGAUCCUUGGCAGUAAUUGUCACCAGAAAUUUGUCUGCUAUCCUUUAUGUGUAAUCCACCACAUGUCUGCAACUUUGGUAUGGAGAUAGAAGAAGCUAAUGCUGGGGAGAGGGUGGUUCAUAGGAACAAAAGCAGGUCAUACAAUCCCUCAAAUUUGUUCUGCAUCCUUGAGUCAUUUGUCUUUUUGUCCCAACGGUGAAUUAUCCAAUGUGAUGUAAUCAGUAUUUGCAACACAUUAUGUGACUAGGAUAAUUCAUCAUGUGACAGUGACACCUAGAGGUUUAAUUGUGUGCCUGUCUGCUUUUUUAUAAAUGUAGUGAAUAGAUAUCUAUUUGGACACUUGUGGCUUAAUUUUCUCUACUUGCAUUACACAAUGUACAGAAGAAAGUAACUCCCUUCCUAGUGCCUAACUGUCCACAGACAAUUGGCAGUUGUAGUCAGAAAACAAAGCUUAAGAGACUUCAUGCUGUUGAAAAUACCACGUGGAAAGUCUGCAUCGCCACCUCUGAGCUAAGAACCAGUUUAUAGCAAAAACAUGUUCUUGAAUAUUGUCAAAGUCUUAAAUGUUUAAGGAGGAAAAAAAAACUAGCCUUGAAAAUGUAAUCAAUGUACAUAUAUAUUUUUGUAAUUUUAGAAAAUGCAAUAAUGUAACUUUCAGGCUUUAUACCUGUGUAGGUUUGUGAGACAUUUUCAGCGACAAUACAAUCCAGAUUCUGUAAAAUCACAUGAAUGUAUAUACACUCCAUUUGAUAUUCAGAAGGUUGGAGCCUGGAAGGUGCUGUCAAGUACUAUAAUGUCCUCGUCUUUAUUGUACUUCUCAGCCUUGUCUCCGUGGAGUAUUCUCACUUCUGACUCAAAGUGUCAGCUCAAGUCCUACUCCUGAGAUUUGAGCCUAUAUCUGAGUUGACACACAAUCAAAGGUGCAUCUUUUAGAUGAGAUGUUAAAACUUGUUUGUCUGUAAUAGUGAUGGUAGAGGACAUGAUGGCACUAUUUCUCCCCACACAAACCCACUUGCUGAAACUUGGGCCAACCUUUUUUUCCCAAGUGAAUGUUACAAGAAGUGCAAUAAAAUUGAACUUUUCUCCAUACUUAGUGUUCUGAUCUGAGGUACCUGAAUGCAACUGCAACACUCCUGAUAUAUAUACCCCAUGUCAGGCACACAGCCUGAAUAGGAUGAAAUAGUUAGAAUUUAAUAAUAUAUUACAGAAAGUGCAACAGAAUUCAACUUUUUCAUAUAGUAUAUUCCACUCUAAGGAAUAAUACAUGUCAAUAAUCUUGAUAUUCACAGGGAGUCACAGUGCCACGUUCCUUGAGUUUGAUUCCAUUCUCGGGUGAUUGUGUAAACUUUGCACAUUCUCCCUGUGUCUGCGUGAGUUUCGUUGGGUGCUCUGGUUUCCUCAGUUGAUCAUGCUAAAUUGCCCACAGUGUCAAGGGAUGUGUAUGCUAGGUGGAUUAGCCAUGGGAAAUGCCGGGUGACAGGUAUAGUGUAGGUCUGGGAGAGAUGCUGUCCAGAGGAUCAGUGUGGACUCGAUGGGCCAAGUAGGCUGCUUCCACACUGUAGAGAUUCUGGAUUCAACGUUGAGUAAAAUCAUAUUAAAUCAUGAACUCUGCCCUCAUGUCUCAUUUUCUUAGUUCACAUUAACACCAAUCCUCGAUCUGCCUUUUUAAUACCAGUAGCAUUACUUUUGCCUUUUGUUCUGUGAUCUCCAAUCUCCAUUACCCUCUAACCUUCCCUCUGAUCCACUUGCUCUUUCCUGCCUUAUCUACAAUAUAAAAUACAUCAGUUUCCCAUUUAUUAGUUCUAAAGAUGAGUCAUAUUGUACUCAAAACUGUAACUCUUUACACAAAUGCUGCCAAAUCUGCUGAGUUUCUCCAGUGCUUACUGUUUAUAUUCCAUAUAAAGUUUUUUUUUAUAUCCAGAAGUGCACUUAAACAAAUGUAUCUAUAUAUGAGCAACAUUAUCAGCAUCUUUACUUUAUCAGUAAACUCAUGGCUUUCUGAUUGUACUCUCAAGUUUGCAUUCCUGCUUUAAAAAUAUUCAAGGCCACGGCUUCCCUCAUUUUUCAGGAGUCCCAAAUAAUUUUAAUGCUGUCAUGGAAAACUCCCAUCUCUAUUUUAGUUGGGUGACACUGAUUUUGAGACAGGCCAUGUUAGAUUCAUAGUUCUACAUUUUCCCUUAAGAAGAAACAACCUCUCCAAGUUUACUUUGUCAAUAUCUCUCGGGAUAUUUUAUAUUUCAAUAGAGUUGAUUCUUACUCUUCUAAAGUAAAGUGGAUAAAAGCCAAGCCUGUCCAACUUCAUAAGACAAACCUCUUGUUUCAGGUGUUAGUCUGGUAAACCUCUGAAGUGCCUCCAAAGGAUUUUCUUAAAUAAGGAGACCAACAACUUUGGAAUGUACUGUUUGCAAAAACCAAGUGAAACACAAUUCUUUUGCACUUGAAGAGCAGCAGGUUUCAGACAGCACAAAGUAGAAUCUUUCAGUGAGUCGAUGCUUAUCUUGGUUUGCAACCAUGGGAACAGAUUACAGAGCACAGGGUCUUUGUAAUGAACUACGACAAAUCUGUAUCUCUAUACCACCAGAGUGUCUGUUGAAAGUCUACUUUCAGUGAUGCAAUUUGUGAACUGCAUUGUAUACUAAUUAAGUGUAAUAGAUAAGGGAUUUACUUGAAAUCAGUAAGUGCAGAAACAGAGUGCCAUGCUCCUUCCUGAGCCCUGUAUGUUUAUAAAGUGUGGGAGGGUGACAAUCGUUAGGUUUCUGUUCUGAUGAUUGAUUACUACAAUUGGUUGUUAAAUUUAGCAAUGGCUAAACUGUUGCACUGGUUCAAUGUUUACAUUUGUUUCACAAUAAAUGUGAUUUUAUAAUGCAUUAGGUUUAUGAUCCCUCACAGAUGAGUGCAGUGAAUUGUUAUAAUGAAUAGCUUUACGCUGAAUGUGUAACAGUGUGUUAUAAUUGAGAUCCUUAGAAAAACGCCUCUCCUUCAUUUGGCUUCUUUAUUGCUACCACACUGAUAUCUGUGCCUUAAGCUGUACAGCCUUUGCAAACUGUAGUAAAUUGGAAUUGAUUUGCAAGCUUUACUGGAGCUAUGACUAAGUAUUAACAGUGAUGAGCCCUUUUAAAUCCUUGUGAUCUUUUACAGUGGUGCACACACUAAUUUGUUAGUCUUUAAGGUCUGACUCCUGUGUCAACAAAUGUCAGUGAAAGGGUAGUUUUUCAGAAAUCUGUCAAACACUUUGACUCCCUACAUGCCUCACCCCCUGGCGUCACAGCUACCUAUUAUUUCUUCUGCUCUUGCACUCUCAUUGAGGAGUAAAGGCAAUUUUCAAAAUAAAGUCACAGUGGGGGGAAAACAUUGCAAAGGACUGGAACUUCCUUAAACCUUUCCACCUUUUUUCCCCUUUAUGAUGUUACAAAAGCAUUGGAUUCACCUGACCAUCUUUUCCCUUUUAGUUGGUUUAUUUUCAGAUUACGCUCAUGUGAAAUGCCUUGGGAUUUUGUACUGCAUCCAAUAAGCUGUGCAAGUGACAUGCUCUUCCUGUUUCUGGAACUCAGUCAGUAUUCUGUAACAGAGUUAUAGAUUAUCUACUUUAUGUGAAUUGAGUUUUAUGUUGUACUCUUACAAAGCUACUUCUAUAUACUUUUUCUCAAAGACUUUUAGUAUUUCUGUCUAAGAGCAGCAAAAUGCAUGUUUUAAACACCUCAAUUUGCUUUGUAAUUUUUUGUCGUCUUGUACAGUCUCCAGUAUCUGCAGAUCCAGGUAUCCAGACUUCCACUGAUGUGUGUUCAUUUUGACUACAGGGGAUGCCUUAUAUGCUGGUUGGGCCACUAAUAUUCAGCAUCGUCCAUCCACAGUAAGAUCAACUCCACUAUUUCAUAAAAUGAGACAAACCCAUAAAAAUUAAGAGAUUCAAUAUAGUUUGUCCAAAUUUUCAGCAAUAUAGUUUGAUGGUUGGGCUUGAGAUAUUUCAAAAGUCCACUGGUGGAAUUUUACUAGGAUGAGAGUGAAAUGGGCUAAUGCAAGAUAUUUGUGACAGAAUUGGAUAAAAAGACAAGCAAGGCCCAUCUCAACAACAGGAAUAGAGAUAAUGGGAACUGCAGAUGCUGGAGAUUCCAAGAUAAUAAAAUG